AUGGGGAGGAAAUGCGAAAGUAUGCGCAGGGUUCAGGAUCAAACCAGAGAGCCUGGAACUGUGAGCCUGGAGCAAUACUUCCUGUUGCACAUCCAUGCUGCCCUGGUUAUAGUCAUGCCUUGUAAAAUAGAAACAAUCAACACUUGGCAUUGUGAGGACGAGCAGAUAGAUACUGAUGGAGGAACCGAAAGCUCUGUUGGACAUGUCUCCUUUAUGGACAAGCAGAAUGCAGGAUUCAAGACGAGGCCUCUAAAAGAAAAGCCUGAAGUUGAAGAUUACCUCUGUGGAGGAACAUUGAGCUCAUUGAGCUCCAGAACAACAAAACAAUUUCUGAAGAAUCCUAUAAAAGAGGAAGACUCAGAAGAUAAAGACUACCUCUACUCCGAGGAUUGUAAAGCCUUCUUCAUAAACAGGUGUGAGAUUCACGGUCCAGCUCUCUUCAUCCUGGAUACUCCUGUUCCCCUGGGAGUCACUGACAGAGCCAGACAAACACUUCCACCCAGACUAGGGAUUUGGGAGUCUGUUAUUCCUCAUGUGGGUCUGGGAGUGUUUAAUGAAGGGGAGACUGUUCCAGUUGGUGCACACUUUGGACCCUACCAGGGAGAGCUGGUAGAUGGAGAGGAAGCUAUGAACAGUGGAUAUUCCUGGGUCAUAUUUAAGAACAGACAAUAUAAAGAAUACGUAGAUGCCAAGAGAGAGGUGCAUGCUAACUGGAUGAGAUACGUGAAAUGUGCUUGUAAUGAUGAGGAGCAGAACUUGGUGGCAUUCCAGUAUCAAGGGAGGAUUCUGUACUGUUGCUGUUGA